GUCCCCAUCCUAUUUCAGGGUUCCAGUCCAGUCACGGCUCUGAGCACGUCAUCCUCUUCCAAUAUCACAACAAUGAGGCUUGGGCCAUGGUUGCAUCGGAGUGCCGGCCAACAGUGGUUUAUCGGAUAGAAUGCAUGUCUCUCUGUGGCGCUUAUAUAACGGAGGCCAUCACCACUCUGUAUACAUCCCCAAAUAGGUUCCUCCUACCAUCCCAUCGGCAGGUUUCCAAUUCAAUUAAAUAUCAUUCAUCAGCCUCCGUGUUUCAACAUAUAAAGCAUAAUCUACGACUGGUGGCCAGUAAAACUCAUCUUUGUCGGCCGCCCCAAUUGUGUACAACGAUAUCGUGUUUUAUCAGUCGCGGCAUUCAGACACAGUUUGUUCUUCUUCCUUAUUCCAUUUGACCGGACAGGAAUACCACCUAUCUCGCCAUGGCACCAGCUCUAGCGACUGUGCAGCCAACAGCACCUCAUGAGUUAGGAAGCUUCAAGAACCACAAAGCUCCUAGAAAUAUUUAUCCUGAUGGCAUCAAAACAUCUGGACAGCACCCCCCGCUGUAUGAACAGCUGCAUCAGUAUGAGGACUUUCCCAUUGAAAUAACUGGCCCUACGGUGUGGGAUGCCGCCGAAUAUAAGAACAGCCCCGACCGUUGGACACAUGUCUUCACGGAUGAAGAGAAUGAAGAGAUCAGCGGUGCAGCAGACAAAUUCCUUGCCGCGAAGUUGCCUUUGACUGGAAUAUCCAAAGACAACUUCAAACUCCCUAAGCUGGCCACAUUUCUAGAAGCACUUCGAAAGGAUCUGCUCGAUGGCAAAGGUUUCAUACUCUUCAAGAAUCUCCCCGUGACUGCAUGGGGCAACAAGAAGUCUGCUGUCGCCUAUAUGGGUCUCGGUACCUACUUGGGCUAUUUCGUGUCUCAGAACGGUCGUGGUCACGUCCUCGGUCAUGUCAAGGAUCUCGGCGAAGAUGCUACACAGAUCGACAAGGUGCGCAUCUACCGCACAAAUGCGCGUCAAUUCUUCCAUGCCGACGACUCCGAUAUUGUUGGACUGCUCUGCGUUGCCCGAGCGCUCGAAGGCGGCGAGAGCGAUAUCGUAUCAAGUCACCAUGUCUGGAACAUACUACAGAAGGAGAAUCCCGACGUUGCUCGCACACUGACGGAACCUAUCUGGUAUUUCGACCGGAAGGGCGAAACUAGCAAAGGUGAGGAAGAGUGGAUAAAGACGGCGGUCUUCUACCUAGAGACAGGAGCAAACCCCCGUGUCUAUUCAAAGUGGGAUCCUUAUUAUGUUCGAUCUCUCACCCGCUUCAGUGAUGCAGGGAUCAUUCCGCCCCUGUCUGAAGCUCAGCAACGAGCUGCUGCCGUUCUCGAAGAGACGUGCCUGCGUCUUUCGCUACACAUGAUUCUAGAGAUUGGUGACAUACAGUUUGUCUCGAAUGCUCAUGUGCUCCAUGCCAGGACCGCAUACAAAGAUUAUCCCGCCCCAGCGCCGAGAAGGCAUUUGAUGCGGCUGUGGUUAAGCACGCCCGAGGACGAGGGAGGUUGGAAGCUACCGUUCCACGAUUCCAAAGAGAAGAAGCGAGGAGGGAUCCAAGUCAACGAUACACCGCCUGUAGCGCCCGAAGAUGCGGAAUAAAAGCCUGCUGUACUGCAUGAUAGCAAAAGUAACAUCGAUAUGCAAAAUGAUACUCC